UUUUCACAUUUAUCCAUACCGGAUGUUGAAUAAAGAGGCUGGAGUCAGUGGGGAAAGAAAAUAUUCGGAUUGUGUGAUUGCGUGUAUUUGUUUUGAGAUACAAGUGAAAAUAAUAGUGUGUUACAUUUCAACAUAAACUUUUCAUUGGUAUUCAGUCUCUCAAAACGCCAAGGACUACAACUGUUGACUGCGCAGGCACGGAAAUUGCCAGAGACUGAAGGCAUCCCGAGGUCGGCUUCUUUGUUUUCCUUUUUUGGUCCGCGCGGUCCAGUCCGCAUAAAUUACAGUGGUGUCGAAUAUCAGGGCUGGGGUCUUAUCACAACGUGGAAUGUGAAGUUUGAAAGAUACUCUGCUACUUUUAUUACAUUAUUACAGUGUAAUUAAGGAAUAAAACAUCAUUUAACAGUUAAUCAUUUAGAAGGACCUAAUUUUACUCUGAGGCUUGACUGCAGACAGUGUGUGGUGAGCCAAUGUUUAUCAGAAAACUGAGUGGCGGAUCUUACUGCAAUGUUUCUUAGAAUUGAAGCUUGAAGAAUAUUAUUGAGCAGAUAUACCAAAAAAAUUAAGAUGACACAACACAAGGUUUACAUGAACCAAAUUCACUGUAGUUCCCUGCUGUGUGAGUUGGCCCAGAUGUGGAAGAACCAAGCCCUGUGUGAUGCCAUUAUUAAAGCAGGAUCCAUCACAGCUAAGGCCCAUCGCUUGGUCCUCGUGGCAGCCUGUCCUAUGCUAAAGUCCAUGGAGAGUGCGUCAGUUGGAUCUCAUCUGGAAAUCAGACUUGCUUCUGACAUAAAAGAGGAAUCCAUCAACACGUUUCUACAGUAUUUAUAUGAGGGAUGCAUGGUUUUGACUGAAGAUAACUAUAAAGACAUUGAAAAAAUUGGACGAAUUCUUCAAGUGGACAGUGUCAUUAAAUGCUGCUCCGAUUUUUACAAAUGUCUGAAUUCGUCCUCUCAGUACAAGUAUGACUAUUAUGAUCAUGUUGAAUUCAAGCAUGUUAGACAGACUGAUAUGUUGAAGUUUAGUGAGAAAUCCAACAAGAGAUCAAUAGACUCUAAAAUCACAAGUCAGGGCGGGAAACGACAGAAAAUACUCAACUCUGACUCCCCAUCCUUUGGUGCUAACCCCAAAACUGAUGAUCUGUCAGGUCCUUCAAAUUUUAACAGUCCCAAAGAUCACAACCGUCCAUUUAAAAUUGGCCCUGCUAGCGUGUCCAGAAGGCCUAAUGGUGGCAUGGAUGUGGUGGAAGACGGUGUGCAGAUCCACCAUGUGGAUAAGGAUGCCUCUCCUGGGUCGUCACAAGUGGUGGACACAUCAUCCGCUAUGUCUGUCUCAAUAGCCAGUCAGAUACCGCCGGAUAUAAAUGUCCAAGUGGUAAAUAUGGGAAACACACACCGUACCUCAUCUCCUUCUCUGAUCUCAAGGAUCCCCAACAAACCUCCCCUCUCAGGGCCAUUUCCCACCGAAACAGUGGACAACCGGUCAGACUCUCCCAUCUUCAUAGCAGGAGUGGGGGUCAGGGGUUAUGGAGCCACCAUGGUACAACCUUCAAAGUCCUUUGCCAUAGGUAGCCCCACCAUGGUGCCUGUUGGUCCUGCACAGUUUCCAACUUUUGUGAAAGACACCAUAUCAACCUCUAAUGCUGAAGAGGACGUUGGAAUGAAGAGUCAGUCAGAAUCUCGGUCGAGUCUAACUACCAGUCCAGAUCCCUCCAUCGUGAAGAAAGAGCCGGGAGUCGGCACACCAUACGUGGAGGUCCAGGAUCAGGGGAUGGUUAUGGUCCGUCGCCCGGACACGGACAGUGAACAGCAGGAGGAAGUGUCUAGUGACCUAGAGAUAGAGGAACCUCCCCCCGAUGACAGCUUUACGGGCGACCCCGGGAGUGAGGCCUCGUGGAUCGGGGGUCAGGCUGGUGAGAAUGAGAACAGUGCGGAGAAGGGUUCCUGGCACAGUGUAGAAACUAGAGGUCCCUAUGCUGUGAGUGAGGAGCAAGGUGAGGUCAAAUUUGACCGCAAUGAAAUGAAAUUUGAUGGCACAGAUCUGAAAUUUUAUGAUGAAGUGCUACCAGGACAUAGGCUGAUUAGGAUUGAAGGUAGUAAGAAAGCAUGUGCAUACUGUGACAUUCAGCGCUUGAAAACAAAAUCGGGGUGGCAGAUCAAGUCAUAUUUCAAGUGCCUUGCUUGUGAUAUACCACUAUGCAAAUCUGACAAGGAGUGCUUUCUUAGAUACCAUGAGCUGAGGUUAGAGCAACCAAAUGUUCCACCCAAGGAGCUUCAUAAGAGAUUGAAAACCAAGAACAAGCCUCUUCUGCUUCAUAAUGUGACACCUUCACAGAUGAAGUCUUCCAAUACGUCUUCCCCCUCUCCAAAUAUAUCCAUUGAAGAGUCGGUCACAACAGCAGACAUCAUUAGGGCUCACCUAUCCCCCUCAGACUUUUCUGAGCAAAACCCCGCCCCUCCUCUCCUCACUCCCUACCUAUACAACACGUCCAAUGUCCCUCCCCUGGAUAUUGACUCCCCGGAGCACAGCAACAGUGGAACACCAGAGAAACUGGACACACUACCACAGGGCAACAAAAAGGAAGAGAAGCAGACACCGAAAACAGGAAUCACCAGGAAGUCAAGAAAGUCCGUGAAAACAAAGCCAAUGAAAAUCGUUCUCAACGAGGAAAUAAAUGAUGCACUUGGGAGCGAUGAUUCGGAUGAAUCAAAUAUGGAGGAGGAUUACAGGUUCAGGAAGACUCAGAGACCAGGACAGCUAAAGAAAGAAAAGAGUUCUCCAAUAUCUCAGUCAUUCACUGAGCACAAUAUUGUAGAAUCUCAUUUUACUGAUACAUUGAAUACGGAAAACUCUCCAGGAAUAAUGAGUGUAUCAGAAAACCAGCCAAAUAUUGAAACAGUCCCAACUGAUGUCUGUAACAUUGAUACAAAGGACAUGUGCAUGAGAGAUGAGGAGGGACAGAUACACAGACUUGUGAGCAACCCCGGACAUAAAGCUCUAACGUGUGUCUAUUGUAAACUGACGGGAAACAAAACGGCCUGUGGGUGGCACAUCAAAUGUUACUAUAGAUGUAAUGAGCUGUCUAACUACAUGGAACUUGUAAUGAGAAACCAAAGUAGGAAGGGAGGCAACUCAAGAAUUAAUCCCCGCCUGCAGGAGGACGAGGGAUUUACUCAGUAUCUGUUAAGUGGAACUCUGGAAAUCCCGUCUUCUGAUUGGACGGUUGAUCCCGCCCAUAGACUAGUGUCCACUGAUGAACGAAAACUACGACCGUGUUAUUAUUGCUCACUGACUAAAGUGAAAACAAAAUCUGGAUGGAGGAAGUACACCAGACAUAAGUCUUUAUACUUUGCAUUGAUUACGGAAGUAGUUGAGCCUUUAGCUGUUCGGGGAUUUUUUUGCUCAGAUAAAUCUCUGAGUUUUCCAUAUAAAGAAGGUUCAGUCAGCAAUAACGCUGUCUAUGCCACAGGCGGACUACCUCUUGUGUUCGUUAUAGUUACAGCGUAUAAUGUGAUACCUCUUAAAAAGUUGUACCGAAUAUGGGUGUCCUAUGCAUUUGGAAUUUCCUCUGUUUAUUUCUUCAUGAACGUCGUGAAAUUGUUUUAUGGAGAACUUAGACCCAACUUCUUUGAAGCUUGUAAACCCGUGUGGCCUGGCAUGAAUUGUAGUAGCUACGUAACGGAGUUCAACUGUACAGGAAGUAGUAGAAAGGCUGCCAUAGAAUCUAUGCGAAGUUUUCCGUCAAGUCAUGCCGGGAUUACUAUUUUUGGAAUGCUAUAUUUGAUUAUUUUUACACAAGAAGUUUUCAUGAAUAGAAGAAAUCAGUAUCAUCUGGGAUGGGCCAUAUUCCAGUGGGCAGGGUUUUUAUGGGCGGUGUACGCGGGAAUGUCACGCAUCACUGAUAAUAAACACCACAUCCAGGACGUUAUAGGAGGAUAUAUCAUAGGGGGCACAACGUCCUACUGGGUCGCGUAUUACUGGUCUGGACUCGGAGAAAUUGGAAAUCCAAGACCAGAAAAGGAUGGCAAAGCUCAAAAUCACUGGAUUACUCACUGCUCCUGUCAAAAUGGUAUAACAGUAGCAAAGGUCAAGGAAAGUUAACACUGAGGGACACUAGAUGUCGCCACUAGAUUCACUUCCUGUGAAUUUUAAAGUCUCAUCAACCCCAUCCCACACUUCCUGUGUCUGGUGUCAACAAAAUUGAACAAGAGCACUAUGCCAUAACUUAAGUGUGGGGGAGUCAUGAGUAUUGUUCUAUAAUUACAAAUUAUAUUCCAUAUCUGUAUUACAAAUUAUAUUCCAUAUCUGUAAUAAUUGCUUGAUCUUUUCCACUUUCACUGAACAAAUGAACAACUAUUCGUGUACUUAUAUUGGACUGUUUGAAGAUUUUUAUUGAAGUACCAAGGACACAAUAACAUUCACUGUUUUUUUUUUUUGGUACCUGUAUGGAUGCUGUUUUGUAGUUCAAAUACGAUUUUUUACAUGGAUAUGAAAGGUUUUAAUCAUUUCAUGCGUGUGUUUUCAUUUUUCCCAUUGUUAAUUUCGCUGUUCAGCUUAUGUCUUUGUCACUUGAUGCCUUUAAUAUUGAAAGCUGCUAUUUGUGAUAUUGAAAUCCAGAACUUGGCUGUAUAUUUUUGUGUAUACAUGUAUAAGUAUUUGAGUGCCAUUGACUACUUAGUCAUUACCGGUUCAGUAAUAAAUAUUUUUUAUUUAAACUAAACCUUAUAAAUAAUUUUCUUAAACAUAAACAAGAGCUUCACAUUUAAUCUAGUUUUCAGCCAGUGUUUGACAUUUAUGCCCAGUAUUUGUAAUCCGAGUAUAAGAGAUCAACUUAUGAAGCAAUUUUUAUCCUGCUAUUUCGUGAAUUUAAUUGCUAUUUCUGAAAGUUUCGCAAUCUUUUUUAUAUCCUCCAUAAAUGUAGUAAUUUUUUUUACUACCCAAAAACAUAAUUAUGGUUUCUAUUCUUGCUAAUGUUGACCAUAAUAUUUAAGAUUUUAACAAUUGUUAACCUGCUUCUAAGUGUCACAAUUUUCCGGUUUAUACAGAGCCUAACAAUACAGUUAGUGGCAAUGUCAUUUUUAGAAUCUUAGAUUUUUGAUUUAUUUAGCUUUUUUUCACUUAAACACUAGUCUAGUAAUAAAUAACUGAAAAUCAAAGCAAUGACAUUGUGUAGAAUAUUACUAAUGAAAUCUCAGACAAUCAAUAUAAUUCUUGUUCAAGAAUAAUCAUAUUGAUAUGUUACCUGUAACCUAUUGAAAUUAUUAUUUCAAGUCAUUAUUGAUAUUUUAUAUCCUAAAGCUAUAUACUAAUGAAUUCCAAUAGAGUAUUCUUUAAGUAGUCCGGAAGCUUAACUUAGCAGAGUAUUAAUAAAAAGUUCAUUUCUUUUUUUUAGUUUGUGCAAUAAACAACUUAACCUAACAAUCAGGUAGUUAUUUGCAGUUGAUUAGAGAUAUUUGUUAAUGUAAGCUUUGGAUUAAAAAAAAACACACACACAAAGAAAAUUGAUUCCUUAAAAGUGAUUUGGUUUCAUACUUGUUACCUGUAGUACUUGCCGUUCUGAAUAUUAUGAAUACAGCUAUUUAAAUAGAAUAUGGAUUAUGUACAUAUAAGAAGACUAACUGAACCAUAUUUCUACUAGGUAUAUUUUAAUUUGUUUCACAUAAAUCCAAAUUGAAAAAGGAAAUAGAAUAUUUUGUGGGAAUAAGUAAUAAUAGUAACCAUUUCAAAAAUGCCAAUAUUAUUCCAAAUAAAUAAAUACGCUUGUAUCAUGUUUCAGGAGUACAUGUACAUUAUAUUCUCAUGUUAUAUAUAUACUAUAGUUUCUUUUAUGCUGUAUUUUCUAAGAUAUUAAUAAUAUCUAAGAUAUUUAUCAAUACAAAAAAAUGGAUACCAAAAUAAAAUCUUUAAUUUGCCAAAGACUAUGUAAAACUUUUUUAACUGUAUUUUGUUCUAUGCUAGUAUUUUGUUUUAUGAAGUAUAGAGUACUGAUGCUUUGAAAGAAUUGUAAAUUUUUUUUGACUGAUUUUCAAUUCAUUAUGUUUUUCUUUCCUAAUCAUUUUUUUCCUUUGUUUGAUAUUAAAAGACAAUGUAACUGUAUUCAUUUUUUUUAUUAUUUUGCCAGAAUUACAGUGUAGUAAAUUUGAUUGCCAUGUAAGUUUGAUUAAACAAAGAAGUACAUGUACUGACAACUGUCUUUAAAGAUAGAAAGUACUAAGUAAGUUGAUUAGAAUUUCAAUUGAGGAGGUAUUUUUUUCUUGUUUCAGACUAAAUGAAAACAUAAUAUUCAAAAAUAUUUGCUUAUAUGUCUAACAU